UUCCAUAUAUUUAAUGGCAUCUGAUUCAGUUUCAUCCAUUCAAAAGAGCUUUAAAUACGAUGUUUUUUUGAGUUUUCGAGGAGAAGACACCCGCAAAAACUUUGUUGAUCAUCUUUAUCAUGCCCUUAAUGAUAAAGGCAUUAUUACUUACAAAGAUGACGAAAGAAUCGAGAAAGGGAAAAGGAUCAAUGACCAACUCAUCAGAUCCAUUGAAGAUUCGAAAUGCCACAUCAUUAUUUUCUCCAAGAACUAUGCAUCUUCAUCUUGGUGCUUAGACGAGCUGGUCAAGAUUAUGGAGUGCCAAAAAACAAAGGAUCAGACUGCUUAUCCCGUCUUCUAUGAUGUGGAACCCACUGAAGUCCGCAACCAAAGUGGGUCAGUCGGAAAAGCCUUUGCAAAACAUGUAGAGAAAGAGGGUUCUCAGAGAUGGAGAGAUGCUCUGAAAGAAGCAGCUGGUCUGGUCGGGUGGGAGUUGAAAAACACUGUUGAUGGGCAUGAAGCUAAAUUUAUCCAUCAAAUUGUUCAAUACAUUUCACCAAAGCUACAUUUCAUUAACUUGAGAGUUGAUGGGAAGCUAGUAGGCUCAUCUUUAGAAAGCAUUUGUGGUUUACAACAUUUAAGAGAGCUUAGAGUUGAAGGCAGCAUUCGGGAGGUGCCCAAAGAUAUGUGGCGGUUAGAAUGUCUAGAGAAGCUAUCUUUGUGUAUGAAAGAGAUUAAACAUCUCCCGGAUAGCAUUUGUAUGUUCAAACAUCUAAAAUAUCUUGAAGUCGGUUCUUGUUUGCGUCUUGAGCAGUUACCCGAGAAUAUGUGUAGGUUAGAGUGUUUGGAGGAGUUACAUCUAAAGGGUUGCACAUCCUUACUAGAUAUUCCGAACGGCAUCUGUAAGUUGAAAUGUUUAAAACGUUUAGAGCUAUCCUCUUGUCACAAAGUUGAGAAAUUGCCUAAGGAACUGGGAUGUUUAGAGUGCUUGGAGGAGUUACACCUAACGGAUUGUAUAUCCUUACGAGAUAUUCCAAAUAGCAUAGGCAGGAUGAAAUGUUUAAAACGUUUACAUCUCUCCUCUUGUCAUCAAAUUGAGAAAUUGCCGGAGGAACUUGGGUGUUUAGAACGUUUAGAGUGGUUAGACCUAACGGAUUGUAAAUCCUUACAAGAUAUUCCGAACAACAUCUGUAGGAUGAAAUGUUUAAAAAGUUUAAAUAUCUCAAGUUGUAAGCAACUUGGGAAAUUACCAGAGGAACUCGGACGUUUAGAAUGUUUGAGAGAACUAAAUAUAGACGAUGUGGGCAUAAGUCAUCUUCCGCAUACCAUUUUUAGAUUGAAAGGUUUGUCCAUUGUUGGGUCUAGGAGGUGCCUUGAGUCGUACGGUUUUAGAACCUUGACAGAUUUCACAAGAUUCAAAGCCUGCUACUACGUAUAGUUGUAGUUAACAUGAGUUUCCAAAGGGAUAAUUCAAAAAGAAGUAUUCAAGUUCGGCAUAAGUUAAUGAUCGAUGUUCGAGCCGAUUAGUCUGGUCUUUCAAUGUAUGAGUCUUUGAAUAUUUAAGUUUGUGUUUUGUAGAA